AUGGGGAGCUCUACAGAGAAUGAAGCAGAGCUGCCAUUAUGUGAGGUGCACGCAGCGGCGACGAGUAGCAGCUCAGGGGUGGGAAAGCAAUCCUCUGACACAAGCACCAUCCGCCGCCGAGGACGGUGUUACAGAGUCCCGGGGACGUCCCUAUCUCUGCGGUUCCCCAGGGAGUCUGUCGACCUUCUGCAGACAAAGCUGACGAAAAGCCCCUCGCUUACGGAAGGCGAGACUAUGUGUGAUCUUGUCCGCUACCACGCUGAGCUGACGUUAGGUCUGCAGCAGACCAUGCUUUGGUUUAUAUGUCGACUUGACACCGGCAUCAUGCUUUCUUCCGAGGAGGAUGGCGGGGCCUUUGGUGUUUUGACUCAUCCACGCGCUGUGCAGCUACAAUGGAUAUUUUUCGACGCCGUCGUGCAAUCCGUCACAAGCCUUCAGCAGCGGUGGAGCGAGGAUUCAGCCUGUACUGGAUCUGUUGAGGCGGUUGGCGAGGUGUCUGUUGUGUUGAAUGGGCUUGCGCAGGCUGCACAGGAGCUCCGGCACCCUUCACAUUUCCCACAGCUGCAGGUGUUUGAGCUUUCUGAAAGCGGGGCAGCACACCGAAGUUCGCCACCGUUCGCCUCUUGGCGGUCUAACUCAUCUGCGACACGUGCUUCUAGUGGCGCAAGCACGCCGCUGUACAGCACCUCUCCUCGAGCUCCGACAAGGGCGCCAAAUUCAAUCAGCGAGUGCCUUGGUGUUGUCGGGGCCGACUACUCUGCAAAGCUCACUGCUCAGCAGCUUUGGUGUGCCCAGCAACUCCUGUCUCAGCGUUUUACAGCGUACACUGCCGCGUGGGAGGUUCUCGAGCGGGCUCGCUUUUUUGUAGAGUCGACUCGCAGCCCAACGCCAACGAUGCCCCGCAGCGACAGUCUCCAACAGGUCGCUGCAUACGCAGCGGUGCCGUCGCUGGUACCUGCUGUCGAGCUCAAAUGCAAGCGUUCCAGCUCGCAUGACGGGAGCACGCCACCGUCCUGUGUUACUGCAACGCAGCGAAAGAGUGAGCGACCUUACAACAUGCAUCAAGAGCUGGGACUCCCUUCCAGAGGUUUGACGUUCAUUGAGGAGCGGGCAGCGGCCGAGGUUGAUGAUAUUUCCACUGCCCAGACAGACCUCACAGUUUCCGGGAGCUGCCUCCUCACCGAAUCGCCUGGUGUCCUAUCAACACCUCCGGUGCCAUCUAUGUUACUGCCAGUCUCCCGGUGCGUUCUGUGGGACAGCUUUUUAGCAUCGCACAGCCUCUCGCCAACCGCAACACUGCUUGCUAUUCAGCAUCUGACAGCCAGCACGACCUCAUCACGGCCACAAGGCGACGUGCAGCAUGCGCACUUGGGGCGUCCCAGCAGCCAAAGCGACUUCCUGUGCGAGGUUCCCGCAAACUGGCCAACCGUAAAGCUAUCAAAGAAGGAUCGCCCUCGUGUUUGCAGCAAUGAGACGGAGCCAUGCCGUAAGGCGGUCGGCGCACUUGGCUCCGCCUCAGUCCACAGGUGCGCUCACAGUAGCUGA